AUGGGAGAAGAAGAAGUCGGCGCUGCUGUGCCCAAGGAGCAGCGACAGGGAUGGGGCCAGUUCCUCAAGUCCAUCGCCACCUUCUCCGGUGAUCUGUCGUCGCUCACCGCGCCGUCGUUCAUCCUGUCGCCCGUGUCGCUCGUCGAGUUCCCCGCGUACUGGGGCGAGCAUCCCGACACGCUCGCGGCGAUCGCCAAGGGCAAAGACGAGGUGGAGCGCAUGACGCUCGUGCUCAAGUGGUUCAUCGGCACGCUCAAGGGCCAAUUCACCGCACGUAACAUCUCCACCGGCUCCGAAAAGAAGCCGCUCAACCCCAUCCUCGGCGAGCUCUUCCUCGGCAAGUGGGGCGACAAGAACGGCCGCGGCGAGACCACGCUCACCGCCGAGCAGGUGUCGCACCACCCGCCCGUCACCGCCUACGCCAUCGAGAACGCCACCGCCGGCGUCACCCUCGAGGGUCACUGCGCACAAAAGACCUCCUUCUCCGGCCGCACCAUCUCGGUCAAGCAGGUCGGACACGCCGUGCUCCGCCUCAAGCUGCCCGGCAGCUCCAACGAGGAGCUCUACCUCAUCACGCUGCCCAACCUGCUCAUCGAAGGCCUGUGGUACGGCUCGCCCUACGUCGAGCUCACGGGCAACUCGUACAUCCAGUCCACCACCGGCCUGCUCACCACGCUCAGCUACACGGGCAAGGGCUACUUUUCGGGCAAGGCGCACUCGUUCAAGGCCACCAUCGGCGCCGGCGGCAACACGCUCUACACCGUCGAGGGCGAGUGGGCCGGCGUCUGCAAGUACAAGGGCAAGUCGCCCUCCGGCGGCUCCAACGAGGUGUUCUGGGACGCCUCGACCGAGCGCGAAGAGGUGAGCGUCGAGCCGGUGGAGAAGCAGGGCGCCAUGGAGUCGCGCAACGUGUGGAAGACGGUCGCCAAUGGCAUCCGCACCCAGGACUACGACACCGCCUCCAAGGACAAGGCGCGCAUCGAGAACGAGCAGAGGCAGAAGCGCAAGGACGAGGCGGCCGCCGGCACGCCACACCAGCUCGAGCACUUUGUCCACGUCGACGAAGACCAGGAGUACGCGCAGCUCGCCGCCAUGUUCAAGGGCCAGCCGGCCCACGAGGACGCCUACCGCAAAAAGCCCCGCCGAAGACUUGAAUUCGGCGACCCCACUGAGGGCCAUCGACCGCUGCGCGCCAGCAGAGAGUGCAACACAGGCCACCCUGCGCCCGAGGCGAGAUUGGAUCUCCUCUUCCCACAUCCACGCUUCAUCGACACCGCUACAGCCCGGCCUCUGCUCAUCGCCACCACCCUUACGCGCACGCACGCACACACCCACCUGAGACAUCUAAAGGCCGGCAUGACAUCACUCAUCGCCAUCGUCGACCUCAAGGGCAAGUCGCUCAUCCAGCGCUCGUAUCGCGACGAUGUGUCGCCAUCGGCGGUGGAAAAGUUCCUGCCGCUGCUGCUCGAUCUCGAAGAGGAGGCGGGUGGAAGCGCCGUGAGCCCGUGCUUCUCGUCCGAGGGCGUCAACUACAUGUUUAUCCGUCACAACAACCUGUAUCUGCUCGCGCUCUCACGGCGCAACUCCAACGCCGCCGAGGUGCUCAUCUUCCUGCACAAGCUCGCGUCGGUGCUCGAGGAGUACUUCAAGGAGCUCGAGGAGGAGUCGAUCCGCGACAACUUUGUCAUCAUCUACGAGCUGCUCGACGAGAUGAUGGACUUUGGCUAUCCGCAGACCACCGAGUCCAAGAUCCUGCAGGAGUACAUCACCCAGGAGUCGCACAAGCUCGAGGUGCAGGUGCGCCCGCCCAUGGCCGUCACCAAUGCGGUCUCGUGGCGAUCCGAGGGUAUCCGCUACCGCAAGAACGAGGUGUUCCUCGACGUCGUCGAAUCCGUUAACCUUCUCGUCAGCGCCAAUGGCAACGUGGUGCGCAGCGAGAUCUUGGGCGCCAUCAAGAUGAAGUGCUACCUCUCCGGCAUGCCCGAGCUGCGUCUCGGUCUCAACGACAAGGUCAUGUUCGAAAACACGGGCAGGGCCGCACGCGGCAAGGCGAUCGAGAUGGAAGACGUCAAGUUCCACCAGUGCGUGCGUCUGUCGCGCUUCGAAAACGACCGCACCAUCUCGUUCAUCCCACCGGACGGCGAGUUUGAACUGAUGAGCUACAGGCUCAGCACGCAGGUCAAGCCGCUCAUAUGGGCCGAGGCCAUCGUGGAGCGUCACGAAGGCAGCCGCAUCGAAUUCAUGGUCAAGGUCAAGGCGCAGUUCAAACGUCGCUCCACCGCCAACAAUGUGGAGAUCCACAUUCCCGUGCCGGACGAUGCCGACACGCCCAAGUUCCGCGCGGCGAUUGGAUCGGUGGUGUAUGCGCCCGAAAAGUCGGCCAUGGUGUGGAAGAUCAAGCAGCUCGGUGGUGGGAAGGAGUUCCUGAUGCGCGCGCACUUUGGCCUGCCCAGCGUCAAGAGCGAAGACACGCUCGAUCGCCGCACACCCAUCAGCAUCAAGUUCGAGAUCCCCUACUUUACCGUGUCGGGCAUCCAGGUGCGAUACCUCAAGAUCGUCGAAAAGUCGGGCUACCAAGCUCUGCCGUGGGUGCGAUACAUCACGCAGCAUGGCGAGUACGAUUUGCGCACGCAGAGCGAGAAGCCCUCGGCGAGGUUGGCGCCCUUUUCUGCAUAG